CUGGACUAGUGGUUAUCAGUUUUUUCCUGAAUACAGCAAUAGUGUUGGUGUCUAAAACAGGAUCAGAACAUGAAGUUGGAGGUACCAGAAAGUUUUGAAGAUGUUGCUGUUGAGUUUUCAAGAGAUGAGUGGAAACUUCUAACCAAAGAGGAGAAACAGUUGCACCAGGAGGUGAUGAUACAGAACUUUGAGCACAUGGUCUCAGUAGGGUACAAAAUUCCAUUAGAAAAACUACUACUUCUAAUUGAAAAUCCUGAUGAGCUUUCAUUUAAUGUUAUGGAACAAGACACGACUAUACGAAAAAUGGAUCUUCCUGAAGCCCCCCAAACCAUCAGCAGGUCGGAGAAAUGUGAGAUUCAGAGUCAGAGUUCAUGGCUGAAGAAUCCCAUAACUUCCUGCACCCAGAACUUUAUAGACAACACAGCUGUUACAAUGAAUGUGGCUACUUACAUGGGAAGCCAACAUCAUAAAUGUGAGGACUAUGACUUGAGUUUUAUCCAGAAACAUGAGGUAAAAUGUCUACAAAAUCAUGAUUUAAAGAAAUUUUAUACAAAAGGUGACUGUAAAAAGAGUCUCACUUUUUCAUUUACCUUAAAAACACAUCAUCAUGGUAAAACUACUGAGACAUUUAGGAAUGGGAUCUACUCCCAGCAUACCCUAACCAGUUCCACAAGAUUUAGAAAAUGGGAGAAAUACAAGGACAAUCAGUCAACAAACCAGAAAAUCUUCAGUGGAGAGAAACCCUUUACAUUUGGCCCACGUAUCAAGACAUUCAAAGAGAAGUAUAAACACAUGCAAAACCUGACUGUCAGCAGUAGUGAGUGGCCAUAUAAAUGUGCUACAUGUAAAAGGAGUUUUCCAUGGAAAAGUACGCUUGCAUUGCAUGAGAAUAGCCACAAAACAGAGAAGCCAUAUAAAUGUAACACCUGUGGAAAGUGUUUUACAGUAAAGGGGUACCUCAAAAUUCAUGAGAGAAUUCACAGUGGAGAAAAGCCAUAUAAAUGUAGCAUAUGUGACAAGCAAUUUAUAUGCAAGCAGUACAUUACAGACCACAAGAAAGUCCACACUAAGGAGAAGCCAUACAGUUGUGCCACAUGUGGCAAACAUUUUACAAGAAAGAGCUAUCUCUCAGUUCAUACAAGAAUUCACAAAGGAGAGAAGCCAUAUAAAUGUACAAUAUGCCAUAAGAGCUUUAGAGAAAAGUUCAGUCUCACAACUCAUGAGAGAAAUCAUAGCGAAGAGAAACCAUUUAAAUGUGCUACCUGUGGCAAGAGUUUUACAAAGAAGAGUAACUUAACUGUCCACGAAAGAAGACACAGUGGAGAGAAACCAUAUGCAUGUGCAUUUUGUGGCAAAUGUUUUACCCAGAAGAGCAGCCUUAGUUGCCAUGAGAAGAUCCACACUGGAAUUAAAUCAUAUAAAUGUGCAAUGUGUGACAAGAGUUUUAUACAGAAGGGCAACCUUAUAGCCCAUGAGAAAAACCACAGUGGGGAGAAGCCAUAUAAAUGUGCCACAUGUGGCAAGAGAUUUACACAAAAGGGUCAUCUUACAGUCCACGAGAAAAUCCACUCUGGAAAUAAAUCCUUUAAGUGUACCACAUGUGGAAAGAGUUUUAUCCAGAGAAGUGACCUUACAGUCCAUGAGAAAAUCCAUUCUGGAGUGAAGCCGUAUAAAUGCACAAUUUGCGACAAGAGUUUUACAAGAAAGGAUAGCCUUACUGUCCACAAGAGAAGCCACAGUGGACAGAAACCAUACAAAUGUGCAUUUUGUAGCAAGUGUUUUAUACAAAGGUAUGAUGUUACAGUACAUGAAAAAAUCCACACAGGGGAGACACCAUAUAAAUGUGCAACAUGUGGCAAAAGUUUUAUAAAGAAGAGCACCUUAACUGUCCAUGAAAGAAAGCACACUGGAGAGAAACCAUAUACAUGUGCAGUUUGUGACAAGAGUUUUGCACAGAACAAAAACCUACGUGUUCAUGAGAAAAUUCACACAGGAAAUAAACCCAGCAUUUGUCACAUAUGUGGCAAGAGUUUUGUAAGGAAGGACAGCCUUAAAGUCCAUGAAAGAAGGCACUUGGGUGAUAAGCCUUAUAAAUGUACCACAUGUGGGAAAUGUUUUGUACGUAGUGGGGACCUUACAGUGCAUAUGAGAAUACACAUUGGGGUCUGAAUGGAGAGAUGAUAAACUCAGCAAAAGGAAAGAAGCAUUCCUGGAAUUGAAUUCAUCUUCAAGUCUAGGUGAGUACCUUCACGAGGUGGACCCUGUGUUUCACAAAAUCUCACUAAGAUGGCAGCAAUAUAGACUGGAUUUUAUAUAGCAUAGAUCAUGGAUGGAAGCAGGUUAAAAAUAAAGAAGAGAACUGGGAGCACAAGUCCCAGAAGAAGAAAGUGCCCAAUCCUGGUAGGUCCACUGGUACCAGGACUGGAAAAAAUGGCAAUGUAAAAUCCUCAAGACAUGGA